AUGUCCGCCAGCGAUGCCACAGAGCACUUCUCUAACUUGUACUACUCCCUGAUUCCUCAUGCCUUUGGUCGCAACCGACCCCCAAUUAUCGAUACGGCGACCCUGCUCAAGAAGGAAGUGGAGCUUUUGGAAAGCUUGUCGGACAUGAAGGCCGCGAGUGACAUCAUGAAGAUACAGAACGUAUCUGACGGUAUGCAUCAGCUUGACCGCCAGUUCCAAGGCUUAGGCUUGCAAGAGAUGACUGUCCUGGACAAGUCGAGCACCGAGUACACGCUACUGUCGACUUACCUUCAAGGUAGCAAGGGCAGCACUCACUACUACAACUAUAACAUUGUCGAUAUCUUCCGCGUUGAACGGAUGGGAGAGAGAACCCGCUUUAACGAAAGUCGCUUCGUCGAUGUCAAGAGUGACAAGCGUCUUCUAUGGCAUGGUUCGAGGUGCACCAACUUCGGAGGCAUCCUUAGCCAGGGUCUUCGAAUUGCCCCACCUGAAGCCCCCGUUAACGGCUACAUGUUUGGCAAGGGUAUCUACCUGGCAGAUAUGUCAUCCAAGUCUGCUGGAUACUGUGCCCACCACUCCUCUCAGAAUCAGGCCCUUCUCCUCCUUUGCGAGGCCGAACUUGGCGACCCUAUGCAGGCGCUACGAAGCUCUAGCUACGAGGCCGGGAAGACAGCCGCCCAGGGCGGCAUGAUUUCAACGUUGGGAAUGGGUCGGGUCAAGAUGCCCGAUUCUUCCCAAGGCGUCGCCGACGACACGACGGGGAAUAGUCUUUAUUACAACGAGUAUAUUUGCUAUGACAUUGCACAGGUCCAGUUGCGAUACCUCUUCAGGGUUGACAUGUCGUAA